AUGAUUACAUUCUUUCCGCUAAAUUUGAUAGAGUAGUUCUCAAAGUUACCGAAUUUUUACUAUUUGGUUAUUGCUAUAAUGCAAAUGAUGUCAUUAAUUAGCAUAACAAAUGGUUAACCUGUUGUCAUGGGACCAUUAUCGCUAUCAAUUUGCAUUCAGAUGAUAAAAGAUUUUAUUGAAGAUUAUUAGAUACGCAAAUCAGACGAUGCUGAAAACAAUAAAAAAAUUUACUUAAUUCGUACAAACGAAAUUCCAAGGAUUGCUAAAUGGAGUGAGCUGCGGAUUGGAGAUUUAAUAAAAGUUUAAAAGGAUGAAUAAAUCCCAGCUGAUAUUUUGCUUAUACAAACAUCAGAUAAAUGGGGGAAUGCUUAUAUAGAUGCUUAAAAUUUAGAUGGAGAAACAAAUCUCAAAUGUAAAAAUAUUCAAUAAAAUCUAAAAUAACUUUAAGAACAAACUGAAGAAUAUCUAUCAGCAUUGAAAAUGACUAUAAAAUAUGAACGACCAAAUCCUUAUCAUUAUCUAUUCAGAGGAAUUGCUGAAUUUAAUAAUGAACCAAUUACCUUGAGUCAAGAAAAUUUGGUUUUAAGAGGUUGUGUUUUAAGAAAUGUUAAUUUCAUUUAUGGAAUUGUAUGUUAUAAUGGACACGACUCAAAGAUAAUGCUCAAUUCAAUGAAAUAAUUAUUGAAAUGUAGUCAUUUAGAAAGAACUUUAAAUAAAUUAAUUAUUUUUAUUUUUCAAUUAUAAGUAAAUAGUGGGUAUUAUUAGUUUUUAGAUUAUCAUGUGUGGAUUAGGAGCCUUUUUGAAUUCUUUAUGGUAACUAAUCUAUAAUUCUUAAUUAUCAUAUCUAGAAAUCUUAAAUACAGAAUUUAAUCACAAUUUUAUCAAGAAUUUAUUUGUAAUUACUCAAAAUUUAAUUUUAGCUAUAAUGGGGAUCAUGGAUUCUCAUUUUUUCCAACUUAAUUCCAAUCUUAUUGCUUGUGUCUUUAGAUAUAGUUAAAUAUUUUUAAGGAAUAUUGAUAACAAUAGAUUAAGGAACAUAUUCUUCUGAAUAUGAUAUAAAGACAUCAGUCUAAUCAUCUAAUCUAAAUGAGGAACUUGGUUUAGUGGAUUAUAUAUUUUGUGAUAAAACAGGAACCUUGACAAAGAAUUAGUUGUAUUUCAAAUGCCUUACUGUUAAUCAAAAAUCAUAUGGAAAGGAAUAAACAAUAAAGAAUGAGAAAGUUUCGAAAUCAGCUUAAGUUCUAAAAGUUGAUUUUAGUGAUGAAACCUUCUUUAAUGAUUUGAAUUAAACUCCUAAGAGGGGACCACUUCAUGAGUUCCUACUUUGCCUUUCAUUAUGUCAUAAUGUUAUAGCCGACAACAAUAAUGGUUAGCUACUUUAUCAAGCGAAAUCUUCUGAUGAAUUAGCCUUAGUCAAUUUUGCUCGAUAUUGUGGUUAUACUUUUGAGGGAUUAGAUGAAUCAAACAGAAUUAUAAUCAAUAUAAGAGGUGAAAUAUAACUCUAUUAAAUGAUACAUGUAUUUGAAUUUAAUAGCACAAGAAAACGAUUUUCUGUAAUUGUUUAGGAUCCAUAAAAUCAGAUUAUUUUAUAUACAAAGGGACCUGAUUAAAUAAUGGAAAAUUUAAUGAAUCCAAUUAGUCCUGAAUUAAAAGAGAAGACGUGGAAGGAUCUAUAAGAGUUUGCAUUAAUUGGUUUAAGAACUCUUUUAUUAACAAAGAGAAUAUUACCUUUAUAAAUUUUUAAAGAAUGGGAAAAUGGUUAUUUACAAGCAUGUUGUGCUUCACAAAAUAAAGAUAAUUAAAUAAUGAAUUACUAAGCAAAAAUUGAAUAAGAACUGGAAUUAAUUGGUGGAACAGCAGUAGAAGAUAAAUUGUAGGAAGAUGUAGGUCCAACUAUUUAAUAUUUAAAAGAUGCAGGUAUAAAAAUUUGGGUGUUAACAGGAGAUAAAGUAGAAACUGCCAUCAAUAUUGGUUAUUCUUGUUAACUAUUGAAUAAAUCUUUAUAAUAAAUUAUAGUUGAUGGAAAUAAUGAAUAAAGUGUUAGUAAUGAAUUAGAAUAAGCUUUUUAGAAAAUCUAAGAUAACAAUAAAAAUUCAUUAAUAAUCUCUGGCUUUGCUUUAUAAAUUGCGAUGAAACCAGAAUUUUCCUCAAUAUUAAUGAAAAUUGCUGAAAAAUGUGAAGCAGUAAUAGCUUGUCGAGUAACACCAAAAUAAAAAUAAGAUAUAGUUUAAUUAGUUAGGGAAAAUAAACCAAAUGUUACUACUCUAGCUAUUGGAGAUGGUGCUAAUGAUGUUAAUAUGAUUAGAGCUGCGCAUAUUGGAAUAGGAAUUAAAGGAAAUGAAGGCUUACAAGCAGCAAAAGCUUCUGAUUAUUCUAUAGGAGAAUUCAAAAUACUUAAAAGAUUAAUUCUAUAUCAUGGAAGAGAAAAUUAUAGAAAAAAUUAAACUUUUAUUAACUACAAUUUUUAUAAAACAAUGCUCCUUGUACUACCUUAAUAUUGGUGGGCUUUUUGCAAUGGAUUUUCUGCGGUACUGCUUUAUGAUUAGUUACUUUAUGAAAGUUAUAAUUUGUUUUUCACAAGUCUUCCUAUUGUAUUAUAUGCAAUUUUUGAUUAAGAAUUUGCUGCUGAUAUUUUUACUUCAAGUAAACAUUUUGUAUCUAUUGUAGACCCAGCAAUUUAUUGUAUAAAUAAAAAACAAAAAUUAUUCAAUUUAAAAAUAUUUUUGUAUUGGAUUUUUAAUGGUACUAUUUAGGCUGCCAUUUUAUCAUGCUUAACUUUUUCGAUUUAUGAAACUUCCUCUAUUUAUAAUGGGAUGAUGUCAGAUUUAUGGACGACAGGUGCUAUUUUAUUAGGGUUUUCAGUUUUGAUUAGUAAUAUAAAAGUAAUAAAUUUUUUUUAACAAUUAGAUUAUCGUAUGUAGUAACAAUUAUAGUAUAGGAGUUAUUGUAGGGCUUUUUGGCUCAUUCAUCAUAUAUAUUAUUUUAUUUAUUAUAAUUUCAGAGAAAAUGAAUUAAUCUGAAAUGUCAAAUAGCCUUAAUGCUAGUUUUGCUCAACAGAAAUUUUAUUUGACAUCAUUAUUAGUAAUUGGAGCCACAUCAAUUUUUGAUUUGGCUUUUACUCAACUAGCAAAGUGGUCUUAGUAUGCAAAAGUUGAAAUUUAACAUGAUAAAGUUUAUAGUCUGAUUAAAAAGUAACAUAUUGAAUUACAAGAUGAAUAAUAAUAGAAUUAACCUAUCCCUUAUACACAAAUUUAAUAAAUUAACUUUCCUAAAAGCCAUAUUAAACAAGAUUUUAUUGAUUUAGCUUAAUCUUAGGAGGAAAAUUGA